CAACGCAAAGCGCGUAUCGAGUUUACCUUUCGCAACAAAGACGAUAACCGCUGUCGCAAGCUCCGUCAGAGUCCUUGUCACGAUCGCAUCACAGUCCACAUCAUGUCGUACAUGCGCAACCUCCUUCGCCCGGCCUCGACGACUGUCCGUACCUUCUCGUCCUCCGCGCGCAACAACUACGCCAAGCUAGCGGUCAUCGGUCGUCUCGUCAGAGAGCCCGAGGCGCACGCAUCCAGCACUGGCAGGACCUUUAUCAAGUACUCGAUUGCCACCAGCCACGGACCUCGCGACAGCGAGAGAUCGAGCUUCUGGAACGUCACCAGCUUUCCAACUAGCGAUGCCCAGAAGGACUACCUCCUGAAUCUGCCUAAGGGCUCGCUUGUGCAUGUCGAGGCCGAUGCUGAGAUGCAGAAGUACGAGGUUUCUUCCGAAGGCGAGAUGCAGGAUCCGGAGGACAAGAGCUUCAGACGAUCCCUGAGCCUCAUCCAGCGAAAUCUCGAAGUUCUCGGUCGCCCAAAGCCUGCUCAAACCACUGCAGAUGCACCUGAGCCCCAGGCCGCGAGUGCGUAAACGGGGUGGGGGGGGUUCACUCAUAAUUGAAAAAGGAGGGUAAGAGGGCGAAACGCUACUCUACGCUCUUGGGCUGGCGCACGAUCCCGGUGGUGGGUGAUUCCGAGUUUGCUUCCCCAGCUGUGUUAACAAGUAUCUACAAAACUCCUCUCUUGGGCUCUCGUGCUUGGCACAUCCCAAUGAUUUAACGACCUACACCACGUCGAAUUUUGGUAAGAAAGAACAAUUUGAGUGGGAUCACCUACAUAUGGUCCGUAAUAUCAGUCUUUCCUAUGUGAUUCCCUAUCAAUUAAGAAUUGCUCGAAAAAGCGAAGAUCCGUGCCAACGCAGCUCUUGUUUGUGCCUAUGGUGCUUCACUCGUGGAGUCUCAGCGAAGUAAACUUAUCGCACAGGCAUGGUGGCGUAGAUUACGACGUCAAUAUCCCAGAAUAGUCAAGUCCAACUCCGCGAGCUCAACGUUAACCAGCAAGCCGCACCAAUAACAUGUUAGAGUGCGUUGGACAAAUUGAUAAACAUCGCCAUAGUUUGAAUCAGAUCCUUCCGGUAGAGCCCA